CGGGGUGUUUGGUUUCAUUUACAAGGGCGGUGCUCGGGAGAGAGAAAUCCAAAGUUCUUCGAGUUCGUGACUCGUAAAGGAAGCAUUUUCUGAGCUGAGGCACUGAAACACGAACAACAAAACCCGCUUUAUUGGCGGGGCAGCGAGUGGAUGAAUAAAAUAAUUGUUAUAAUCCCGUUUUCGGAGAUACUUGCUAAGUGUAAACCUUUGACAAGUCUCCAGAAGUGUCGCAUGUUCCAGAAUGGACAACAUGAGGAUUGGCAAAUGCACUAUUUUUGAUGUUGUCCUCUGGAUUCACAUUCCUGUGAUCCUCCUCUUCAAUGCAGCAUCGGGCCAAUCAGACAGCAGCAGCAGCGUGGUGGUUGCGGGUUACAAUGUGAGCGCCCCCGCCAGGACAGAGGUGGUUCUGCAGUGCAUGAGCAACCGCAUGGUGUGGACACAGGACAGAGAGAACGAUCGGCAGAGAGUGGUACACUGGGAUCUGUAUCGACCCAUGCCUGACUUCGCCAUGGAGAGGGUGGCGGACAUGUUUUCUGCUGGGGACCAGAGGAUCUACAACUCAUACAAUCAGGGCCGGGUCAGCCUCAGCCAAUCAGCCUUCAAGGAUGGGAACUUCUCCCUUGUCAUCCAAGCGGUGACUAUGAACGACAGAGGCCUCUACUCCUGCAACCUCCACCACCACUACUGCCAUCUCUACGAGACGAUCAGAGUCCAGCUCAACGUCACCAAGUCACGUCGGAAGGAGCAGCGGUUCUGGGACGGACAGAAGGCUGUGUAUGUGGUGUUGCGAGGCAGUACCGUGGUCCUGCCGUGUGUGAACCGGCGCAGCGUGUGGACGGACGGGGGCAGUGAGGAAGAGCAGCAGGUGGUCCACUGGGACCGGCAGCCGCCAGGGGUCAAUCAUGACCGUGCCGACCGGCUGGUGGACCUCUACGCCUCUGGGGAGCAGCGGAGCUAUGGCUCGCUGUUCCUCCGGAGGAAGAUGAACAUCAGCAGCAGCGCCUUCUCACAGGGAGACUUCUCCCUGACCAUCGCGGACCUACAGCCCACGGACCAGGGUUCGUACUCCUGCCAUCUUCACCACCACUACUGUGGGCUGCACGAGAGGAGGGUGUUCCAACUCAACGUAGGACCACCUCUGACUCCUCUGACUCAGACCACCCUCCUGCCUGUCGCACUGCCCAAGGAAGACAAAGAAACCACUAAGGAAAUUUCACCGCGAGUCAUCAAUGUCAUUUUGCCAGACCAGCGACAUCAUUUCCUGCUGCCACUGGGCUAUGUCCUGACUACAUUCCUGCUGCUGGCCUUCAUCAUCCUCAUCAUCAUCCUAAUCACGCGUCGCCACCGUAGCCAAGAGUUUUACCCACAGAAAUCUGUCAGAUCGAGCAGGAGUCAAAGCAGCUCGGAGGACUUUGAGAUGGAAGUGACAGACGGGAGAACAAGCUCACCAGACGACAGGACAUUAGAUUACAAGAACAACCUACUGAAAGAGAUGGUCAAAAUGACCAGUGUUCCCAAAGUCAUUGACCUGGAUAAAGAGAUGGAGAAGUUUGGGAAGUGAGGAGGAAGUUGGCAGAGAUGGGAGAGGGAGGCCCUGGCUGGUCCAGAGGCUGUGGUCCAAACCAAAGACACCUGUUAUUUACUCUAUCACCGGUAGAGUUAAAGCCAUCAAAACAUAGAGAGAGACUGAUGAAAGAAAGAGAAAAACAGAAAACGACAACUCAACCCAGAGGGGAACUUAACCAAAACCACCGUACAGAAAGAAAGUCAAAUCUGCAUAGGGUUUUUGCUCCUAUGUAUAUAAGUGGUAGGUAGUGUGAGCUUACAAGCUUUUUUGCCUUUUGCCUUGCCAUCAUCUGAAAAAUUAAAUAAGUCAGUAUUGCCAUAAAACCCUGAACACUGAAUUAAUUUAGAAGAACAGUAGUUUAAAUAUGCACACCGUACAACUGCAGAGGUGUAAUCGCCUAAGCAGGAAUAUCUUGUGUCAGUUGCACUCCCGCCUACUUGGGUCGACCAAGCCGGCCGCCCUGUUUUGCAUAUCGAUCGCCAAAAUUAAGUACCUGGUACUUUUUUUAGUCUCACCUCCGUCGAGGUUUGUUUGAUCAACUGCACAGCAACGAUGUACUCAAUACUGCUUUCUUGCGGCUGUACGCUACUGUAGCUGAACUGUACACAAUGGGAAGUGGUUAUGUUGAAUUGCUAAUUGUUUUGUAUUACUUGUCUUAAACUCAGAUUUUGAACUGCUAUUUGCUUUGUAGGUACUAUCAUUGUAUUCAUAGAUGCUAGGCUGGCCUUUAUAUUUUUGCUAUUAUGAACUCCAUUAAAGCCAUAAAAAAAGAGAGAUCUGAUGGUGUAUGGUCAAAUUUAAGUUCCUAUACACAUCCCAGUUAGGACAGAUGAUGGGUUUGGUGAAAAGGAUAUCCGAGUAACAUCUUGUUUCACUUCUUUCAUGGUCGACUAUCUUCGGAAAUGAUGCAGAAGAUGACAUCAUCAAAAUGAUGGGGUUCUAGAGGAAAAUGGCACGCAAGAGAAAAGUAUGUGUAGAGCAGGGAAAAGCUUGUGGUGCAGCCUGAAGGUCUAUUUUGUGGCAGCAGUCAGUCAUAUAUGGAAAUCUACUGGAAUUACACUCCAUUGGUUCCUGCCUUAAUAGGCAUGCUCUGUCAACAGGCUUCCCCUACUUUGAGCCACAACUAUUAUCUUAUCCAAGCAAGCAGUUAAACCACCUAUAUAAUAAGGAGAAAAUAAAACAGACAAAUGAAGUCAUAGUUUAUUUCACUUUGCCACAAAGAACACCUGAAAUCAGGACAAAUGUCUCAUAUUAAAUACUUUGGAAUGUUUGUUUGAUAUGCACUUUUUAUACAAAAGAUACAUUGUGCUCGAAUAUUUUCCAUUGAUCUAUAAGUGGUCGAAAAUCCUGGCAGUGGUUGUAAUGUAGUAACACCUGUAUCCUGGCGCGCAGUUCUCUCGGACCAGUGACAACAUUCACACGCAUUCACGCCUCCACAACCUCACACAAACUCGCUCUUUCUACAAGCCAUAAAGAAACCAAAAUGUCGUAACAUGAAUUUGAAGUCUAAAUACCUUAAUUCUUCUCCCACCGUCUCUCAUGCACACACACCCACUCAUACACGCUCAGAGUCUUUCUGGGAACUAUUCGUUGUGAACUGUGAGUAAACCCAUGGCUGAUGAGGCAUCACCACAGCAGGUGU